AUUGUAACCUAGGGUAGGAAUUAGGAAUCUUCAAACCCAGCAAAGGAACCCAGCAGAAGGAAAUCGAAAUACCAUAGCUCGCAACUCUGUUUAACAGCUAGGGCUUUAAGAAGGGCAUUAUAGAAUCAUUGCCAGGGUUUAAGGUUCUCUGUCUCACAGGGUGAGAAAUGAGGAAGCUAAAGUUCCAUGAGAAGAAGCUUUUGAAGAAGGUGAAUUUCUUGGAAUGGAAGAGAGAAGGGGGCCAUAGGGAAGCCCGGGUUAUGCAACGCUAUCAUGUGACCGGUCGUGAUGAUUACAAAAAAUAUUCGAGUAUUUGUCGGAUGGUUCAGAAGUUGGUGAAUAUACUGAAGCAGUUGGACCCAAGAGACCCUUUUCGGGUUGAGAUGACUGAUUUCCUUCUACAGAAGCUCUUCGAUAUGGGUGUGAUACCAACCAGGAAAAGCUUGGCGUUGUGUGAUCGCCUCUCAGUUUCAUCCUUUUGCAGACGUAGGCUUUCAACUGUUUUGGUGAAGAAGCAAUUUGCCGAGCACUUGAAAGAAGCCAUCACAUACAUUGAGCAAGGACAUGUUCGAGUUGGUCCUGAUACAGUUACUGAUCCUGCCUUUCUUGUGACGAGAAAUAUGGAGGACUUUGUUACUUGGGUAGAUACAUCCAAGAUAAGAAUGAAGGUGUUGGAGUACAAUGACAAGCUGGACUCUUAUGAUGUAAUGAAAUGAGUGCUUAUUAGUUAUUAUGUUAUGUGAACCAUGGUUAAUAUGGUUUUAGCAGAAAACGAAGGCGGUAAGCUAUCAAUACUUUCUGUCUCAUCCGUCGGUGUAAGAAAAUUUUGAUAUUUUAGUAAAUAUGGUUAAGAGGUAUUUGUUCUGCCUCUUAAAGAACACUUCCUUACAAGCCUAUGUAAUGUGGUGGUUUUUCUAUAAUUUUAGUACUGUGAUAUUGAUGAUCC